GUAUGGCAGUGUGGAGGCCAGCUGGAGAUCAUCCCCUGCUCCGUGGUAGGCCACGUGUUCCGAACCAAGAGUCCUCACACCUUCCCCAAGGGCACCAGUGUCAUUGCACGCAAUCAGGUGCGCCUGGCUGAGGUCUGGAUGGACAGCUACAAGAAGAUCUUCUACAGGAGAAAUCUGCAGGCAGCAAAGAUAGUCCAGGAGAAUAACUUCGGUGACAUUUCGGAGCGACUGCAACUGAGGGAACAGCUACACUGCCACAACUUUUCCUGGUAUCUGCACAAUGUCUACCCAGAGAUGUUUGUCCCUGACCUGAACCCCACCUUCUAUGGAGCUAUCAAGAAUCUGGGCACCAAUCAGUGUUUGGAUGUAGGUGAGAACAACCGCGGAGGGAAGCCCCUCAUCAUGUAUGUCUGCCACAACCUUGGCGGCAAUCAGUACUUUGAGUACACAUCCCAGCGGGACCUUCGUCACAACAUUGGGAAGCAGCUGUGUCUACAUGCCAGUGCUAGCACACUGGGCCUUAGGAGCUGUCAGUUCACUGGCAAAAAUAGCAAAGUGCCCAAGGACGAGGAAUGGGAGUUGACUCAGGAUCAACUCAUCAGGAACUCAGGAUCGGGCACCUGCCUGAUAUCGCAGGACAAAAAACCAGCCAUGGCCCCCUGUAACCCCAGUGACCCCCACCAGCUCUGGCUGUUUGUCUAG